AUGGCCAAUGUUGAUACGCAACGUGCAUCAGCAUUGGCAGGAGCAGCAGGGAUAGAAAUCUACGGCAGGAAUUGGCAAGCCGACAUUCGGCAUUUCACCGCAUUGGUGCGCGGGCGGGCGGUGCGGCGUGCUGCAUCGGCCUAUCCGCGUGUUCGUGAUGUGUAUUUCCCCCCCCCGAAUCCCGCCCUUCCCUUCAACCCGAAUCCCGGCGUUCCCCCUAUCCCCUUGCCCCCACAUUCACUGGCAGUACCGCUGUGGUGGAACGUGAACCGACAGUACCACGACCAAGCUGGACGGCGGGUGGCGGAAACCGUCACGUGGGGCGGUGAGACGGACGACGCGGGAUACUCCCGAGGCGCCACGCUCUACGACGCUGACGUCACGGCGCUCGUCGCUGACGCCAUCACGAGCCGGAGGCUGGCUUAUGACGCGGAUGGGGUGUACUUCGUGCUGUCGGACGCGAGUGUGGCGCAGGCGGGCUCCGACAAUCCCCAGGAGGACCGCUUCUGUGUGGCGUUCUGCGGGUGGCACUUCUUUGGCUCAGCGCCUGGCUUUGGCACGUUCAUUACUGCGUGGACCGGCAAGGCGGACCUUCAGUGCCCCACGUCGUGCAUAGCAGCGGACAUCCGCAGCAACGCGUCUCUAUCCCCCACGGGCGACCCCGGCAUGGAUGGCCUGGUGUCUGUCUUCGCCCACGAGCUCGCAGAGGCGGCUGCCAGCCCGUUCGUCUCCACGUGGUUUGACAGCGACGGGGAGGAGAACGCCGACAAGUGCUCGUGGACGUCCAACCCUCUUGGCCUGGUCCAGUCAUCCCUCCCAUCCCUCGUGCACUACCCUCCCCCAUCCAGGUUCGCACCCAUUCUCACGGACCCAUCAGAAGCCAGGUACAACCUGGUGGGGGGUCAACGCCUCCAAGUUCCUCAUCCAGCACAACUGGGACCCCUCUCUGCCUCCUGCAAGCUCACCCUACCAUACCCACCGCCCCUCACACCCUCCACCACCCUCGAAACGCCUCCUGCGGACCUUGCCCGCCUCCCCUCCACCCGGCACCAUAAACCAAGCGUCAAAGAGCAUUGUGCGAGGGUGAAAGCGGUGCUGGCAGGCGAGGCAGACCGAGCUGGCAGUGCAGGCGGCAGUGGUGCUCCAUGCGGUGCCAUGAGCGGCAGCAGCAGGCACAGCGGCCACACCAAGCCCCACGGCCCACUUGCAGCACCGCAAUGCAUCUCCCUCCGCGUCACAUACCCCCCCUCCGACACCCCCACCGCCCCUCCACCUCAUGUGUCACCCCAUGCCCCUUCCCCAACGCGCUCCCACGCCCCCGACCCCAUGCCCACUCCCUCACUCGCACUCCACACGCCCAUUCCCAUCUCCUCUCACACUACUCAUGCUGUUCCCCCGCCACUGCCGCUCGCCCCCUCCUGCUCGUCACCAGAGCCUCAUGCACACUCUCUAAUGGCCCCACUGACCCAUCAGAGCAGCUUCUCCCCCAUGCUGACGUGGCAGCAGUGUGUGCUGACCCUGUGGCAGAGAGACUAG